CAAUUUGACAAUUUUCAUCAAAUAUCAAUUUCUGUUUACUAAUACGACACGUUGUUUGCCAAUAAAGUAAAUCGUUUCUUGUUUUAAUAUAUUGUUAAGUGCCUUAAUUACAAUGAAAUUUUCUACGACUAAUGCAAAAUGUUCCUCCUAUUGUGGGAAGCAUGUAAUCUAUAUCGGAACCCACACCGGAUCAUUCAAAAAACUGCAACCAUUCGAAAAUGAUCCAUAUAGCCAAGUAAACUUCCAACAGAUCGAGGUACUGGAUAAAUCGUCUAAAGUUACUUGUAUGGAAUUUGGAAAUGAUAAACAUUCUGAAAUAUUGCUCGGUAGAGCAAACCACUUUGUAAAGGUAUUCGACUGCAUCAACGAGGAGAAUACAUCAUGUUUUGAGGUUGGUGAUGGAUCAGUCGUAGGUUUGGGCCGAUCUAAUGGAUGCAUUAUUGCUGGCACGGACCAGGGCACCAUUACAAUCAAUAAGUAUCCAGAUACGGUUAAAUUUUCUGCUGGAGAAAAUCUAUCCAAGCUGCGAAUUUGUCAAGAAGAUCAGAAUCUUAUGGUUACUGGUGGUAAAAAUCUAAAGCAGAUUAUAAAAGUUUGGGAUUUGGAGGCCCAAAAAGUCACAUUCACAGCAAAAAAUGUUAAGAAGGAUAUGCUAGAUUUGGAGCAGCCCGUUUGGGAAAAUGAUGUUCUGUUUAUAGAUAAGAAUACUAUAGCUUCUUGCUCACGAUAUGGCUAUGUGCGCGUUUACGAUCUUCGAGGACCGCAACGUCGUCCGGUUCAAGGAUACACGCCACCUGACGAACAAUUAUCCUUCACCUGUUUAGCGAAACAUGAUAAGUAUCUGUACGCUGGUACCACCACAGAAGGAACACGUGCAUUUGAUAGCAGGAAAAUGAAAAAUCAUAUUCAUGUCUAUAAGGGAUUUACUGGCACAGUAACAAGCUUAGCAGUCGAGUCCUCCGGAAAUUACCUCUUCUCGGCAAGUUUGGAUAGAUAUAUUCGCGUACAUAACAUCAACAAGACAGCCAUGGUGUACCAGUGCUACGUAAAAUCGAAGCCCACACAAAUUUUGUGUACCGACUAUAAUGAGAAAUCCGCAGAUAAAGAGGAGGACGAUGAUCUUGUGUUUGUUGGACAGAUCGAAAAUGAUGUAGAUUCCGAGUAUGAAGACAUGUUUGCCAAAAUGCAAACCGUGAAUUCAUUUUCAGAGAUAAAGCACCGAAACGCAAAUUUAAAGAUGAGCAGGAUGGUGGCGACAAAACUAAAUCAGCGAAAAGGAAAACCAAGAAAGUUAAAUAAAUAAUGAUUAUAAAUAAAA